AUGCUCUUUUCUGAAUGUCUUUAUUUGUCUGGAAGGAUGUUUUUAAGAAGAUACACGUGGAAUAGAUGCUCUUCAAUGUCAAACACUUCUUUUUUGAUGAAUGGUAAAAAAAAGUGUAGUAUCAUUUCUUCUUUCCCUUAUCAUACGUUAUCUAAUAGUGAUCAAAAAUCCUUUGUGGACAGUAUAUUAAAAAGGACGGCUAACAAUUUUGGUUACAUUGAACGUUCAUUGUGCACUAUGUGUCUAACCAGUAACGAAUCUUCUGUUGCAAAAUCUCAACAUUUUGAGAGAUUACCAACUUUUGCUAAACCGUCACAUUAUAGUAUUUUUUUAAAGCCAAAUUUGAAAACCUUUAAAUUUGACGGUGAAGAAACAAUAACAAUUAAUGUAUCUGAACGUACAAACUAUUUGAAACUUCAUAGUAAUGAACUCGAUAUUCACAAUGUUUCUGUAACACUUAAUAAUGGUACUGAACUUGGAAAUCUUACUUUUACUUAUGAUAACACAUUGGAAAUGAUUAAAAUUAAUUUACCUGAUUAUAUAGAUUCCCAGGAAAUUAAGUUACAUUUAACGUUUACUGGAACUCACAAUGAUAAAAUGAAUGGUUUUUAUCGGUCAACAUAUAGAACUUCGACAUCUAAAAAAAAUUAUAUGGUAUCAACCCAAUUUGAAAGCACUUAUGCUAGAAAGAGUUUUCCCUGUUUUGAUGAACCUAUUUAUAGGGCAGUAUUUGAUGUUAGUCUUCAAGUUGAUAGUUCUCUUACUGCUUUGUCAAACAUGGAGGUUGUUUCAACAGAAAAUAAGGAUGACGGAACUAAAAUUGUUCGAUUUGCUCCUACUAUAAACAUGUCUUCUUAUUUGGUUGCCUUUGUUGUUGGAAAUUUUGACUACAUAGAGGGUAAAAGUAAAAAUGGAACACUUGUACGUAUUUAUACAAUUCCUGGAAAGAAAGACCAAGGAGAGUUUGCUUUAAAAGUCGGAAUUAAAGCUCUUGAUUAUUUUAAUGAAUGGUUUGAUUUUAAUUAUCCUGUUUCUAAAAUGGAUAUGAUAGCUAUUCCUGAUUUUUCUAUGGGUGCUAUGGAAAAUACUGGUCUUUUAACUUUCCGUGAAGUUGCACUUCUCAUGGAUCCAAAAAGAACUUCUGUUAAGCAGAAGAGUUAUAUUUCUUUGGUUAUUGCUCAUGAAAUUGCUCAUCAAUGGUUUGGAAAUAUAGUUACACAUGCUUGGUGGAAUCAACUUUGGUUGAAAGAAGGUUUUGCCUCUUUCAUGGAAUAUCUUAUGGUUGAUUCAAAAUAUCCAGAAUAUAAUAUCUGGCAACAAUUUGUAAAUGAUGAGGUAGCUGCUGGUUUUGCAUUAGAUUCACUUAGAUCUUCUCAUCCAAUUGAAGUACCAAUUGAGAAUCCAUCUGGACUUGAAGAAAUAUAUGAUUCCAUUACAUAUCAAAAAUCUAAUUCUGUUUUAAGAAUGUUAUAUAGUCAUUUAGGUGAACCAACUUUUCAAAAGGCACUUCGUAUUUAUAUCAAGAGACAUCAAUAUAGUAACACAGUUACUGCUGAUCUUUGGAAUGCUUUAUCAGAAGCUUCCGGACAAAAUAUUCAACAGAUGAUGGACACAUGGACAAAACAAAUUGGAUUUCCAUUUGUAUCUGUUAGUCAGAAGAUUGAAGGAACUAAAAGAAUUUUAACUUUAUCUCAAAAAAGAUUUAUUGCUGAUGGAAGUGAUAGUGAAUCUCCUCAAUUAUGGCAUAUACCUAUUUCAAUUUCUACUGCAUCAUCAAAGGAUCAACCAAAAUUCAAAUUUCUUAUGACAAAGCAAACUGAAAAUUUCAUUAUUGAAGAUGUUGACCCAUCUGAAUGGGUAAAGUUAAACACUGGAACGACAGGAUUUUACAGAGUUGAAUAUACUAAUGAUAUGCUAGAAAGCCUUUUAACUGCUAUUCGUGAUGGAAGUCUUCCAGUUUUGGAUAAAUUUGGAAUAGCUAAUGAUAUGUUUGCUUUGGUAAAAGCUGGAAAAUUAGAUGCAGUUAAUUUCUUAAAAUUAAUUGAAGUAUCAAUUAAUGAGGAAGACUUUUUCUUCCGUAGUACUCUUGAUAGUGGUAUUGGAGCAUUGUCAAGUGUUUUAGCUAGAUUUGAAGAUACUGAUGUUACUAAACGCUUUAAUAAUUUUGUUAUUAAAAACUUAGAACCUCUUGCUGCCAAACUUGGUUGGGAUAGUAAACAAGGAGAAAGUAAAAAAAUUUCUCAACUUCGAGCACUUAUUAUUAAUAGAUUAAUUCGAUCUGGUCACAGACCAACUAUUGAUGUUGCUCGUGAAAAAUUCUAUGAUCAUUACAAAAAUAAAACAGAUAUUGAUCCAAACUUAAGAAAUGCUAUUUAUAGUGCAGUUGGAAAAGAAGAUGGAGCUGCUGGAAUUGAACAACUUCAAAACAUCUUUGAAACAGUCAAUUUUUCUGAAGUUGAAAGAAGUUGUAUACUUGCCAUGGUUCAAACUAAUGAUUCUAAGUUACUUGAAUCAGUAUUUGAUUAUGCUUUUAAGAAAAAUAAAAUUCGUUCUCAAGAUCUUUUGCUUCUUUUUGUUGGAGCAUAUGCAACUAAAGUUGGACAAGAUUUCGUUUACAAUUAUUUCUUAAAAAAUAUGGCACUUAUUCUUGAGAAAUUUGGAAAUGCUAACAGUUCUCUAUUCCAAUCAUGUUUAAAAUGGUCAGCAGAACCUAUUGCUUCUGAAUCUCUGGCUAAGGACUUUGAGAAUUUCUUUAAAUGUAAUACAGAUGCUGUAACCCAAAGCACUCUUGAUCGCCCAAUAAGACAAAUAACUGAAACAAUGCGUAACAACUAUCUACUUUUGAAGCGUAACGGACAUUCAAUCAAUCAAUUUUUAAUUGCUCAACAAUUUUGA